AUGUCCAUCCCCAACGAGGCCCUGCAGAAGAUUCUGCAAGAGAUCGAAACCCGCGCCAUUGCCUCGCAGCAACAGAUUGGCGUCACCAAGGCCCAGAUCACCACCAAGCAGCGCGACAUUCGCAUGCUGCAACUGACAUCAAAGGAGCUGGCUGAGUUGCCCUCGGAGACGCCUGUCUACGAGGGUGUUGGGAAGAUGUUCGUCAACGUCCCCAUCGGCACCGUCAACAAGCGGCUCACUCGCGAGAGCGCGGAGGCUUCCUCCGAGAUCACCAACCUCGAGAAGAAGCUCCACUACCACGAGACUACAUUCAAGAACAGCCGAGAGAACUUGGAGCAGAUUCUGUCCUCCGGAGGACGCGCAUGA